GCAGCACUGACUGAAGAGGUGGCCAUGAAUGUAACACCCACAAUAACUCAGCAAAGUAACUGGACAGAUAACAAAAUAGAAGCUGACUACACAGAAGGACCAAUAGCCUUGAAGUUCUCACAUCCUUGCGUGGAAGACCACCACAGUUACUGCAUCAAUGGUGUUUGUGCUUUCCACCAUGAGUUGAAGAAAGCCAUCUGCAGGUGUUUUACUGGUUAUACUGGAGAAAGGUGUGAGCAUUUGACCUUAACUUCAUAUGCUGUGGAUUCUCAUGAAAAAUACAUCGCAAUUGGGAUUGGUGUUGGAUUAUUAUUAAGUGGUUUUCUUUCUAUUUUUUACUGCUACAUAAGAAAGAGGUGUCUAAAACUGAAAUCACCUUACAACAUCUGUUCCGGUGGAAGUCCACUGUGAGGCCUUUGAACGAAAUUUUCAUGAGGUUUUGUAAAAAUCAGUCGGCCCACAAUUGAAACUUUCAAAUGAAACAACAAAACUUCCCAAGCUGACUAGACUUGUUAAAUAAUGGAAGCUGGGAUCAUGAUGAAAUGAGAGAACACAUUUCAACACUGGUCUUUAAACUUUGCCUUCACUGGGGUGCCAUGGGAGCCAAUGGAACAAUCUUACAGCGACAGAAGUUCAUAAUACUACUCUGGAUCUGUUGCUCUUGUUGUGUGAUUAUUGUUCUCACCACAGAGAGACUGAAUUUCGUACUUCUGACCAUGUCAGACGUGAGUUUUCACAGGAAUAAUUAUCAACCUUGCAGCAAGCCAAAGCAAUGUUAUGCUUGGGUUCUUCGUGUACUCACUACCAGUAUUUUGGACCACUGCUCUAUGGAUCUAACCUCAAACCGGCUGCUUUCAUGGUGGCUAUAAGCACGUGAUUUCAACGAUUAGGAUGAUAUCAGUGUUAUGGCCCCUUCAGUGAACCAAACAUGUGCCUGGAGUCUAAGCCAGGGACAAGGAAAUGGGAUAUCCAAAGCAGACAUACAUCAUACUCAGCUUGUGACAACACUGUGGAGCUUUUACCUGUGAAAUAUGGAAUAAGCUAAAUGUUUCUGAUGACUGAAAGCUAUCUGGAUAUGGAGCCCUGAGUUGGCAAAACAUUUCUGUUUCUGAAUGGAUUAUAAAAUGUUGUGUUGGAUCCACUGGUCUCCUAAUGCUUAUAUGUGCACCACUUCCUUCUAUUGUUAGUGGAAUUACCUGGUGACUAUCCAUUUGGACUGAAAUUCUACUAUAAAAUUCUACAAUUGGCCCUGAAAGAGAAACUGAAGAAUGAGACACAGGAAUUUUUUCAGCAUGUGGAAACUUUUCAGCAUGUGGAAACUUUCUUUACCAUUUCUGUAUACUUGAUAGCAGAUUUGCACAUAGAGAGAGAAAAUGGAACAAUCAUAGAAAUAACUAUUUGGGAAUUAGGUUCCUUCCUCUUUAACCAUAUUUCUUCUAUGUAAUUAGAAUAAUCUUGGGCAGGACCCUUAAUUUCUUUGGGCUUUGGCUUCUAUUUCUACAAGGCCCUUCCUUCUAGCUCUAUUUGACAGUGGGAGAAGAAAGAAAUUUUUUCAUAUCUGUGCUGCAAGUGGGAUUAUUCUUAACCUCACCUCUAAACCCAUAACACAC